AUGGGGCUCAGUGAUCAGGAAUGGCAAAAGGUCAUAGAUAUUUGGGGGAAAGUGGAACCAGAAAUCCCUGCUUAUGGGCAGGAGGUCAUCCUCAGGUUAUUUGGACAACAUCCUGAGACCCAAGAGAAGUUUGACAGAUUCAAAAACCUGAAGUCACUGGAUGAGAUGAAGAACUCAGAAGACCUCAAGAAGCAUGGAACAAUUGUCCUCACUGCUCUGGGCAAGAUCCUGAAGCAGAAAGGGCAGCACGAGGCGGAACUCACACCUCUGGCCCAGAGCCAUGCCACCAAGCAUAAAAUUCCAGUCAAAUACCUGGAGUUAAUUUCUGAAGUAAUUGUUGGUGUCAUUGCUGAGAAACAUUCUGCAGACUUUGGGGCCGAGUCCCAAGCAGCAAUGAGGAAGGCCUUGGAACUCUUCAGGAAUGAUAUGGACAGCAAAUACAAGGAGUUUGGCUUCCAGGGCGAGUGAGAUCUUCAGAGAGGGGUGGUGGCAGCAUGUUAUAGAACAAUAUUUCCACUUCAUCACAGAAACACAUGACACUGGAUUGAAACAUUUGCACUAAAUGGUGCUCAAGAUACACAUGAAGGUGGUAGGCAGUGGUGGUUGGUGCUUCUGUGUCAAUUUGGUGAGGAAUCCAUUCUGGGUUUAGUCUAAACUGUAAAGAAACUAUCAUAUCCCCCCAAAUUGCUUAAACAUCUUAGAUAGCUCCUUUAAAGUUCAGAGUCAAUUCCAGGCAGAUUCACCAUGUCAUUCACAUGAGAAUCACUACCUUAAAAUACAGAUAAACAGGUUGACGUGUCUCUUUAAAAUAAUGUUCCAUUCACAUGUGAAGCUUUAGAGCAAGGGUACAAUUUUAGAGGUGUUAGGAGCAUGCUGGUGAGAGGUGCUGAAAUGCUUUUUGCUUAUCAGUCCUACUUCAGUUAUUAGUCCUCCAGAGUACUUCUCUGCCAACUGGACUCCAAAGUUGACAGAAAUGAGAGAAACUCAAUGAAGGUAUGUGUAUGUGAUAAUUCAGCUAUCCUUGCUCAUAUUCCCAUCCAGCUUUUCCCAACAGAGUACUUUUGAAAUACAUUUUGGACUGUCAUUCCAUCAUCCCCAACUAUCAGCUUGAUUGACUGGUGUUAAUGACAGAUGGGAGUCCAAACAUCUAAAUGGUACCAGAUCUGAAGAAACUUAGUGGAUGUGAACUUGUUCUGGAAUGCACAUUUUCAUCAUCAUAUAUAAAGUGGAUCUUCAACUAAGGUUAUAUUUGAGCUUUAGAUUAAACCAUUGUAACUCUGGGCUCAACAAAAUACCAGUUAAAUACAUAUAUUAGAGAUAGCUGCCUUUAUUUAGUAAACGUCAUGUACAUUACAGAAAGAUCAUCUAAUGGUUAGAAACAAUUGGGACAGAACACAAGAAGUAAUGAUUGUAAGCUGAUGGAAGGUAG